GUAGCAAGAAGCCAGUAAAGCAGCAGCAAAGGAGCUGAAAGCCAUUUCCAUUACUAGAAAACUGUUGAACAACCAACCCUAAAGGUUCAACCUUUGAUCUCAUUUAAUCUUUACCACAAAAACCCACAAACAGAUAUGAUAUCAAGAUGCUUCUAUCUGCAAAUCUUGGUGUUCCAUUGAAGAAGCCCAUUGUUAUUCAAGUGUUUUAGGCUUAAAGUUGCUUGCUUUUUGUGAAUCUUGGUGAAAGAGAUCUAGGUUUUGUAAAGGGCUUCUGUUUGUGUAAGUUUCAAGAUUAGGGUUUUGUUUUUCUGGGGUUAAGAACUUAAGAUCUGAAGUGGUUCUUGAAGCUAAAUGAGGUUCUUGGUGUGAUUCUUGGAUAAAUUUGGUGGUGGGUUUGGUAGGAAAAAAAGAAGAGAACAAGACUGUUGUUAGAUGAAGCUGUUUGUAGUUAAUUUUUGGGGGUUUGGGGUUAGGAAUAUCAAGAUCGAAUGAAGUGGAAAUCAUUUUUGUUUUGUAGUACCACUGGUUUCGGUUGAAAAUCUAGUGGAAUAGUGGGGUUUCUUUUGUUGAAAAAGAAGCAAGAAUCAUUAAUCUUGAAAGGAACAGUGGUCCCUUUUCAUAGGGUGGUGCAUAGUUUAAGGAUUUGGGUGGUUAGUUGUUGAGAUUCUUGAUUGUUUUUACAAGUUUUGUUGUUUUAAGCUGUGGAAAUGAAGCUCUCUGCAGUCGGUUUCGGUCAGCAGUUGCCCGAAGGGGAAAAGAGAUGUUUGAAUUCUGAACUUUGGCAUGCUUGCGCGGGCCCUCUUGUUUCUCUUCCGACGGUUGGAAGUCGUGUGGUUUACUUCCCACAGGGUCACAGUGAGCAGGUUGCUGCAUCAACAAACAAAGAAGUCGAUGCUCAUACUCCCAAUUACCCGAGCUUACCUCCUCAACUCAUCUGUCAACUUCACAAUGUCACCAUGCAUGCAGAUGCGGAAACCGAUGAGGUUUACGCUCAGAUGACAUUGCAACCACUGAGUUCUGACGAGCAAAAAGAAGCAUUUCUUCCAGCGGAUUUGGGUGCUCCGAACAAACAACCCACCAACUAUUUUUGUAAAACGUUGACUGCAAGUGACACUAGCACUCACGGUGGAUUUUCGGUUCCUCGUCGCGCAGCUGAGAAAGUGUUUCCUCCACUUGACUUCUCACAGCAACCUCCGGCUCAAGAACUGAUCGCGCGAGACUUACAUGAUAAUGAAUGGAAGUUUAGACACAUAUUUCGCGGACAGCCAAAAAGACAUCUUCUCACAACUGGUUGGAGUGUUUUUGUAAGCGCAAAAAGACUAGUUGCAGGUGAUUCAGUCUUAUUCAUAUGGAAUGAGAAAAAUCAGUUGCUGUUAGGAAUCCGACGUGCAAAUCGACCUCAAACUGUUAUGCCAUCUUCCGUUUUAUCUAGCGACAGCAUGCAUCUCGGGCUUCUUGCUGCAGCUGCACAUGCUGCAGCCACUAAUAGCCGUUUCACCAUUUUUUAUAAUCCAAGGGCAAGUCCAUCGGAAUUUGUCAUACCUCUUGCUAAGUAUAUUAAAGCCGUGUAUCAUACACGUGUUUCUGUUGGCAUGCGUUUUCGAAUGUUGUUCGAAACUGAAGAAUCAAGUGUCCGUCGCUAUAUGGGCACUAUCACUGGCAUUAGCGACCUGGACCCAGCUCGCUGGCCCAACUCACACUGGCGGUCCGUUAAGGUUGGGUGGGAUGAGUCAACAGCUGGAGAAAGACAACCAAGGGUUUCACUAUGGGAGAUUGAACCACUAACCACAUUCCCUAUGUACCCUUCGCAAUUUCCCCUCAGACUCAAGCGACCAUGGCCAUCCGGGCUUCCGUCUUUUAACGGGAUUAAAGAAGAGGAUUUGGGAAUGAACUUGCCGAUGAUGUGGCUCCGAGGGGACCCGUGUGACCGUGGGAUCCAAUCGCUAAACUUUCAGGGACUAGGUGGUUCACCGUGGUUGCAACCGCGGCUCGAUGCGGGCAUGCUCGGUAUGCAAACCGAUAUAUACCAAGCUAUGGCUGCAGCCGCAUUGCAAGAGAUGAGGACUAUGGAUUCUUUGAAACAGUCAAACCCGUCACUUCUACAAUUUCAACAACGCCAAACGGUUCCAACCGUUUCGGGGCCGGUUGGGCUGGUCCCGGCUCAGAUGGUGCACCAAUCUCAGUCUCAACCUACUUUCGUUCCUGAAAACGUACCCGCUUUACUUCAAGAGUCUCAUCUUCUUUCACAUCAGCUGAAGCAUGAGAACCCGUUCGAUAACCAACAACAAACUUUACCCCCGAUGAUCUCGUCAAUCCAAAAUCAGAACUUUUCCGAUUCGAACGGAAAUCACGCGAGUCUUUUAGGCUCGUUUUCUCAUGAGGAAACUUCACAUCUUCUUAACAUGCCUCGGUCCACCUCUAUGUUAACUUCCACUGGCUGGCCCGCAAAACGGGUUGCGGUUGACCCGCUUCUCCUGAGUGGUUCGUCACAAUCUCUUCUUCACCAAGUCGAACAACUGGGCCCUACGCCGCACACAAACCUUUCUCAGAACACUAAUCUUUCACAAAACACGGUUUCGUUACCACCUUUCCCAGGACCGAACAAUGAUCCUCAAAGUAAUCUUUUAUUUGGAGUUAACAUAGAUAACUCGAAUCUUUUUAUGCAAGGUGGUGACGGUGGUUCAUUGACUAUGCCGAUGACUUCUUCCACUUAUAACGGUAAUACAGGAAACUGGUUCUCAGUCAAUCCGACAAUUACAUCUUCAAGUUGUCUUACUGAGUCAGGUUUCCUGCAGUCUCCUGAAAGUGCAGGUCAAACAAACCCACCGACCCGCGCGCUUGUUAAGGUUUAUAAGUCAGGAUGUUCUGGGUUGUCACUCGAUAUAGGUAAACUCAGUAGCUAUCAUGAGCUGAGAAGUGAAGUUGGUCAAAUGUUUGGUCUUGAAGGCCAACUGGAGGACCCGUUGAGAUCAGGCUGGCAGCUUAUAUAUGUAGACCGGGAGAACGUUCUUCGUCUCCUUGGUGACGACCCUUGGCCGGAGUUUGUAAGCAGGGUAUGGUGCAUUAAAAUAGUGUCGCCGCAAGAGGUGCAGCAAAUGGGGAAACAAGGGGUCAAGGUUCUUGACCCGGUUCAGAUACAGAAACCCUCAGACAGCAACUAUACUCCGAGCCAGCAAGAGUCUAUGAACUUGAGCAAUGGGGUCACAUCAGUGGGUUCGCUUGAGUACUGAACCGACUUCAUGCUAGGAUUUACGGUUAUAUGUAACGUUACUUAGCGGCACUUCAGGUGAUUUGGUUUAUUAAGAGCUUUAGGUACUUUAUAUGAACCCGAAUAUGUAAUUAAUAUGACCACGUUACUUAUGUCUUCGGAGUAUACAUGAUGAGACUUGAUGCUAUGUAUUAUAUAUUUCUCUAGGAAUUAUUUGGUGUACUUAAUUGGA